AUGUCCCCAUGCUGGAGGACGGCGAGGAGGGUGGGGUACGCCUCUGGCACCUGGUUAAAGCCACCGAUGAGCCGGAAGGGGCCAAGGCGCGGCGCAGCAGCCUGCGGGAGCGGGAACGGGAGCGCGCUCGGGCCAAGGCCAUUCCAGAGAUCUACCUCACCCGCCUGCUGUCCAUGAAGGGCACACUGCAGAAGUUUGUAGACGACACGUUCCAGGCCAUCCUCAGUGUGCACCGGCCCGUGCCCAUCGCUGUCAAGUACCUGUUUGACUUCCUGGACGAGCUGGCAGAGAAGCAUGGCAUCGAGGACCCAGAGACACUGCACAUCUGGAAGACGAACAGUCUGCUGCUGCGCUUCUGGGUGAACGCCUUGAAGAACCCACAGCUCAUCUUUGACGUGCGGGUGUCAGACAAUGUGGACGCCAUCCUUGCCGUCAUCGCCCAGACUUUCAUCGACUCCUGCACGACCUCGGAGCACAAAGUGGGCAGGGAUUCCCCGGUGAACAAACUGCUCUACGCCCGGGAGAUCCCUCGCUACAGACAGAUGGUGGAGAAAUACUACGCAGACAUUCGCCAGAGCUCUCCAGCGAGCUACCAGGAGAUGAAUUCAGCUCUGGCUGAGCUCUCUGGGAACUACACCUCUGCUCCCCACUGUCUGGAAGCUCUGCAAGACCUCUAUCACCACAUCCACAGGUACUACGACCAGAUCAUCAGCGCAUUGGAGGAGGACCCAGUGGGUCAGAAGAUGCAGCUGGCCUGCCGCCUGCAGCAGAUCGCCGCCCUGGUGGAGAACAAAGUGACUGACCUGUGAGCUUGGUCUUAGCAGCAAGCAGGACGCGCUGCCGCAGUGCCUUCCGACCCCCGGACCCAGCCAGUGACCGAGGGGAGCCGGUGGAGCCUGGGGUGCAGGGCGCAACGCCAGGCACUGGACCCAGCAGUGGGUUCCCUGCCCACCUCUCCACCAGCCCACCUGCUUUCCCCCACUUGGGCUUCUUUCUAAUUUAUAACGAUGCCUACCCCUUCCCUCCCUACUCCCCCACUGUAUUUAUUUGCUUGCUGGAGAAUCACAUCUGGAAAUAAAAUAGAAAUACAUCUUUUUAGAAAAA